AUGAAAAUUUUUGUGUCUAUUUCCUUUGUUUGUUUAAUAUCCUUUUGUAAAGGCCAUAAAAAUUUCUCAAGAAGAAAUAACUACUUGCAAUAUUUGAGAUCUCAAACAUUUAUGCAAGAAAAAUCUAAAUUAACAAAUUUUAAUGGUAAUUAUUCAGAAGAUAUAACUGAGUUUGAUAUACACGAAGACGAUGAAUAUAAUAAUUUUAAAAAUGACAAAAAAAAAGAAAAAGAUACAUUAAAUGACAAAGAUAUGAAAGAGAAUAAUAAGUUAGAGUUUAAAAAUUUAGAGAAAGAAUUAAAUACUAAUGACGUUAAUAAUUCUGAUAGUAUAAAUAUUAUGGGAAGUGGAAAAGAAUGCUCAGUUAAUGAAAAAGGAGAAUUAGACGUUUCAAUCAACUCACAAGAUAUUUUUAAUUUAAUUAAAUAUAUGGUCGAAAUAACAUCAAAUAGCAUAAUAAUUAAAGAUAUUAAGAAUUCAAAUGUUGUUAAAGAAUUACCAUAUGGGAAUAUUAAACUACCAAUCGAAACCAUUGAAGAAACACGAGAAUGCUGGAGCAUUAAAUUCAAUAAAGAGAAAAUUAUAUUUUGUGAGAAAAACAAACAAAACAGAGAUAAGUGGGUUAAAGAUAUAUUAAAAGCUCUAUUUUGUUAUAAUACAAAUAAUCUAACAAUUGAAAAUAAUCAAAAUGUAUAUAAACAAAAAUCCGAUAUACCAAAGCAUUCAACUGUUAAUGAACGAAUUCAAAAUUUAAAAGAAACAUUAACUAAUGACAAGAACAAUUUUGAUAAACAAAAAAGCACAAAACAUAAUAACAAUAUUGUAAUUUCCAAUUUAAAAAGCAGUAAUCCAAAUAUUUCUCUUAAAUGA